UCCGGCAUUAAAAGUUGGAUUUCACGCUGAAAAACCAUUGAAAUUCGUGAAAAUGAGAUUCCUGAUGUUCAUCCUGAUGGUUAUAGCAGCUUUCACUGUUGUUCUGCCUGUUCGAAAUAAGCCUGGUACUUGCAGCAAAUGGAAAGGAAAGUGUUAUGCCUAUGAAGAUUGUUGCCGCUAUCUCGUCUGCCCUACGUACGAAGGUAGAUGCGUACUAAAACCAGGAAUUAUUGUCCCAGGAGAGGACACUAGACCUAUUGGAGAUGGACCAUUUCCUCCAGGUUACCCAGAUUUCUAAAUAUUGCACUUACUACUUACGUUCCAAUUUUUAUCUU